UAGACUUUGUCCCGGUCAAGACCUCCUCAUACUGUCCACACGGAGCACUUUGUUUAUUCCUGCAGGUGGAGAAGCACCUUCAUCUGUCUGCUGGAAGAGUCUGUCUGCGACUGAGCUCAAGAAUGAAGCUCCUGCUCACUUUGGUCGUCCUGGCCGUGACACUGGGCGUCCUCAAAUCUGCUCCCGAGGACAGACCCAGAGGCGUCUCAGAGGACACUUUAAAACAGCUGUCCAUGGAUGGAGAGAAGCUCCUGGAGGAGGAGGUGAGCAGAGCUCUGUACGGGGUGAGACAGAUGAAGGAGGUGAUGUGGAGGAACGAGCAGAAACACGGGCAUCUCAUGACGUCUCUCAGACACAGCAGUGACAAGAAGACGGGGGCAUCACAACUGCUUAAAGAAGUGACGGGGAGGCUGCAGGAGGCGGAGGAGCAGUGUAAAGACUCCCUGCAGGCAGAGUGGGAGCAGUGCAGGCCCUGUCUGGAGGAUGCAUGCAAAACUUUCUACACCUCCAAGUGUCGCAGGGGAUUUGCAGCUUUCCACGCCAAGGUGGGGAACCUCUUCCACAGAGUGUCCAGGCGCUUUGGCCCCCGUGAACCUCGCAUCGAUGCGGGGGACAUCCUGGUAAACCAGAGCCCAGAAACCACCGACACAGAGGUCGAACGCAUCGAGGAUUCCUUUAACCGUGUGAUCACCAAGGUGGGAACAGUGGUGAACCGCAGCGUGGCACUUGUGUCCACGAUGAGCAGCAGGCUCGACGAAGUCCUCCAGAGAGCUUUCCUCAAUGACACCGAUACUCCCACGGAGGAGAGCACCACUGACCCGUACUACCCCGCACGAGACUCCGGCUUCCUGCAGGGCGUGGGCCUCGACGAGGUGCUCGACUCCUUCUAUGACUUUGGCAAGAGUGUGGUGGAUGAAUUUGGAGCUGUGGUUACGCAGGUGUUUGACGACAUCAGUGAGGCAGUGGAUGAAGAAAAGAAGAGAGCGAGGCAAAGUUUCCCCCGUUUCCUGCGGGACCAGAAGUUGUGCAGGGACCUUCGUAAACAGACCUCCGAGUGUUGGAGGCUGCAGAGCCAGUGUGAGGUCUGUCAGGGAGCCCUGCUCACAGAGUGCCCCAGUGUGCGCGAGCUGCACGUGGAGCUGGACGAGGUGUCGCAGCUGGUGGACGUGUCCACAAAGCAGUACGACGAGAUCCUCUCCGUCGUCCGCCAUCACACCGACGAGACGGUCAACUGGCUCAGUGACAUGGCCGCUGAAUUUGCCUGGGUGGCUCAGGCUGUGAGCAACAGCAGCUCACCCCAGAAUAUCUUCCACAUCACCAUGAUGGCACCACAGAGCCACGGUGAGGAGAACGUGUCCGAGACCAAGGUGGAGGUGAACAUCCUGAACUCUCACCCAAUUGUCCUCUCUGUUCCUGGGCAGCUGGAGCUGCAGGACCCGGCCUUCAUCCAGUACGUGGCUCAGGAGGCUCUGGACAAGUACAAGGAGCUGGUCAGAUUUAAGGACGAAUAAAACGCCAGAACUUCAGACAUCUCCAUGAACAGAACUGGACAGUAGAUUAUAUACUUGUUAAAUGUAAACAAGCUACAACUAAAACAGUCUUUAGCUGCUGCUGUACUAUGAGUGUAAAAAGAAGGCGGUGUACUGCUUACCUGUUGUCCAAUGAUGUUUUAAAAAAAAAACCUAAGGAGAGUUCGCUUUCCAUUAAAAAUGCUGCACAAGAUUUGUAGAAUUACUAAUUCAGCAUCUCAGGAAUCAAGAACAUUAGCUGAUGGAACUCUUUGAUUAAAACUUUUAUUUGUUUUUCUCCUGUACAAAAAUCAUAUUAGUUAUCAUUCUCAGUAAUUUCACUUUUUUGAAAUAGUUCAAUAGUUCCCCGUCUUUAGGAACAAUCACAUACUAGGUUCUUGUGAGUGACAAAAUAAACUGUUCACAUCUU